UAUCAUCUCAUCGCUCAAAAUUCUCUUAUUUCCAUGAUUUUUUUUAUUACAAUUAAAGCAUACUAUUAGGUUCACAUGUUGGAUGAUGGAUGGAUGGAUUGGUGGAAGGAACUGUAACAUAAUUUUAUUUUCAUAAUAUAUUUAUUUAACUAGUUUGUAACAUCACUUUCGAUUCAUUGUUAUACUUAUACAAUGUACGUGAUUUGUUCUAAAGCAUAUAAUGAGAUCCAUAUACUUUCAUAUUCUAGAUUGAGCCUCAAUUUGCAUCUUACAUAGAAACAAUGAUUUUCACUGGGAUUGUAUAAAUUUCUUUUUCACUUUGCAUCUUUUCAUUGCAGCUACAAAAAUAUAUUAAAUUUCAGGUGCCCUGGGACCAUUUUCUUUAAGACCAAAAAAUGGAAGAUCGCAUUAGUGAGUUGUCUGAUGACAUCUUGUCUUAUAUCCUGACUAUGUUAUCCAUGAAAGAUUUGUUUAAAACUAGUAUACUAUCUAGAAGGUGGUGCAAUCUUUGGGCUCUAAGGAAAGAUCUAUUCUUCGAUAUCUUCAUGCUUGGAAGCAAUGAGGACGAUCUGCUACAAUCCGGGUAUCUCAUUGAAGUCCCUAGUGUCUCUACUGUUGAUAGAUAUGUCGAUUUGAAUCUAUGUACGGAUGAAUUUGUAAAACUAGUAAACCAGUUUGUCAAAAAAUUUCAAGGAACAAAGAUCGAUUCUUUCCUUGUGAACUUCUAUAUAAAUAGUAAACACAACAACAUUAUUGAUCAAUGGAUAAGUUUUGCAAUUGCAAGGGGAGUUGUAAAAGUGGAUCUACUCUUUAAAGGAAGCCCUUAUGCACAUUGCACUACUCGACGCAAUCUAUGUAAAAUUGACUUUGCCUUAUUUUUGGAGACCAAUGCUUCAACUCUAAACCACAUAUGUCUUGAAAAUUGUAUUGUUUUCCAUCCCACCAAUUGCGACUUCACUCCAUUAAAAAAUUUGAAAUCUCUAUCGCUUGAUAGUGCAAAGCUGGAUGAAACUUUCAUUGAAAGUUUGUUAUCUAAUUGUCCACAACUUGAAGAGCUUUGCUUACUUUUUUGUGAAUUGAAAUCAUUAAUGCCAGAGAUAGUAAGUUCAUCUCUAUGUCAUCUCAAGGCUAUAGGGUGCUAUUUCGUAUACGAAACUCUCUACCGAGUGGAAGUAAACUUGAUUUUACUUGAUUGUCUUAAUCUCACUUCAUUGGAGUUAGAUUGUCUUGAAUUUACUUCAUUGGAGAACGGUUUGAAUACCAUGAACUUUAAUACUCCUGUGCUGAAGAGAAUUGAAUUCUUCAUUUCAUUGAAACAAGAGCUUAAUACAUAUGUUGCUUUAUGUGCAACUUUUUUUCCUGAACUUGAGAUUAUGCAGUUGAGCACAUUAUCAAUGGUAACAACUUCCCUACAAACUACUCAACCACUCAAACAUCUUAAACAGUUGAACCUCUUCAUUUUCUUGUACUCUGAAAUAUUAGAUGAUGUGGAGUAUGAUCCUUUAUGGAUUUUAAACAUCCUUCAAGUUUGUCCUUUUUUGCAGAAACUUUCAGCCAUGUUUGCAGAUCCAAAGUUGUUUGACAAUCAAAAAGAUAUCAGGGAUGUUGAAACAUUCUCUCAUGACGAAGUAAAAGUUAUUGAAUUAGGAGGCUGUGUUGGCAAUUGGUAUGAAAUUGAAUUUGUUAUGAAUGUUCUAAAAUAUGCCCACAAACUUGAGCAAAUAGUUGUGAGCCCCUUUUGGAGAGAAGAUGAAUCAUUGGAUUGGAAGUCUAAUCCUAUUUGGUUUCAAGGUGGACGUGAAAAGCUGAGUGAAAAGCUGAGUGGUCAAGUAGUACAAGGAGAAAAACUUGUGAUCGUAUAACAUUGUUUUGCGUUUUUUUUGCUCUAAUAAAUUAUAGAAUAUCAUCAACAUUGAUCAUAACUUUACUGCUAAUGAUCAUAUUCAUUGUAAUAAUAAUAUGCAUUUGAUUAUCAUA